CAGAAGAUCAUAAGUAAACAAGAUGACUUCAAGACAGUGGGCACUAACAAAACAGAAAAUCAGGAACCAAUAAUGAAAGAACCUGAAGUUAACACAACUCUUCAAAUGUACUUCUUUGGAAAAGGGGGAGAAAGAAAACUUCAUUAUAAAGAAUUUCGAAGAUUUGUGGAAAAUUUACAGACAGAAGUCCAAGAAAUGGAAUUCCUUCAGUUUUCUAAAGGUUUGAAUUUCAUGAGAAAAGAAGACUUUGCAGAAUGGCUACUUUUUUUCACUAAUGCUGAAAAUAAAGACAUUUAUUGGAAAAAUGUGAGAGAGAAGUUGUCAGCAGGAGAGAGCAUUAGUUUGGAUGAGUUCAAGUCAUUCUGCCAUUUUACAACACACUUGGAAGAUUUUGCUAUCGCCAUGCAAAUGUUUAACUUAGCUCAUCGCCCUGUGAGACUGGCAGAGUUUAAGAGAGCCGUGAAGGUAGCAACUGGACAAGAUCUCUCAAACAACAUUCUGGACACUGUUUUCAAGAUCUUUGAUUUGGAUGGUGAUGAAUGCCUUAGUCAUGGAGAGUUUCUUGGAGUGUUAAAAAACAGGAUGCAUCGAGGUUUAUGGGUACCACAACAACAGAAUAUACAAGAAUACUGGAAAUGUGUGAAAAAAGAAAGCAUUAAAGGAGUAAAAGAAGUCUGGAAACAAGCUGGAAGAAGCUUUUUUUAAAAAGAUAGGACAUAGGGCUGGGGAUGUAGCUAAGUGGUUGAGUAUUUCCCUACCAUGCAUGAGGUUCUGAGUUUGAUCCCCAGUACUGGAGGAGAAAAAAAAAGUAAAAAGAUAGCAUGGCAAUUACAUUGCUCCAGAUGUCACAAUUUGAGGUGGUUUUUUUCAUGCUUUCUGCUUUUCCUCUUAAGACGUCAUUGAUUUCCUGUGUAAUAUAAAGAUACACCAUAUAUUUGUUUUCUAAUUGAAUAAUUUCUUAAUGUUAGUUUUCAUUAAGAACUUCAUAAAAAGAAAAUAUAUUCCUUUACAAAAGCAGAUACUGGAUCAUGUCAGAGGGCCUGUAUUUGAAGUAUGUUUUGUGCUUUGGGAAUAUGGAAAGCUCGUUAUUCACUGAUGUCUUGGACACAGAGCAGAUAUGCUUUCUGGAAGGGUAAGCAAGUACUUUUGGAAAAGUCCUUGGUUCAUAGGCUGGGAUCAUUUCCAGGAUUGUGAUGUUCCUGGCAGAGUAAGUGAUGUUAAAGACUGACUGCAGAUUUCUCUCCUCUGUGUCAGCUCAUAA